AUGGCCACACCAUUCCUCAUAUCGUACCCCUCCACCCCCACCUCCGGCCUCUCUCUCAAGCAAAUCGCCUACUUCGGACGCGUGCUGGUGAAGGUGUCGACCCUCGCCGAGGCUGAGAAGUUCCUGCGUGAGCACUUCCGAACCCUCGAUGUAUUCAUUGAUGCGACCGCUGUCGAGUCCGCCGGGGAUCUCGUCGACAUUCUCAACGCCGGCGCUGCCAAGAUCCUCAUCUCCCUCGAGCAAUUGACUGCGCUGUCGCAGGAGCAAUCCGUUCCUUCAUCACGUCUUCUCGUCAAGGCCUUGCUGAAUGACCAGAUCCAUACCCUUCAGCAAUGGAUCUCGGCCGAUUCCGCCGAACGCAACGACGUGAGCAUUUACACCGAGGCCUCCGCGGCUACCAGCGCCGCUACAAAAUUGAGCAUUAGCUCUGAUUCUCCUCGGCUAUUCGUCACAUACGAAGACCAGGCCAUUUCCGAGGAAGCAAUAAUCCAGGUCACCAAGCAGGGUGCGAUUGCGGUUAUCCCUUCGCAGAAAUUGACGGUUGAGCGGGAUGCGGCUGACCAGAUUUCCGCUGCGAAGCUUCUGGCCGCGCGCGCCGUCACGGACCAGGCCAAUGGGUUGUAUGCUACAUCGGUUACGGAUGAACGCGGUUCUUGCCUUGGUUUCGUCUGGAGCAGUGACGAAAGUAUCGCUGAGGCUCUCCGCACCGGUACCGGUGUGUACCAGAGUCGCAAGCGUGGGCUGUGGUACAAGGGCCAGUCAAGUGGUGAUGUGCAAGAGCUGAUUCGCAUUGGAUUUGAUUGUGAUGCCGACUGUUUUGUCUUCGUAGUGAAGCAGAUUGGUCGAGGUUUCUGUCACUUGGGUACUGAGACGUGCUUUGGCGCCUCUGCGGGUUUCUCUCGCCUCCAGAAGACUCUUUCCGAGCGCAAGACCAGUGCCCCCGAGGGCUCCUAUACUGCUCGUCUCUUCAAUGACCCGAAGCUCACCUCGGCUAAGAUCAUGGAGGAAGCUCAGGAGCUGUGCGAUGCUCAGACGAAGGAAGAGGUUGCUUUUGAGGCGGCCGACUUGUUUUACUUUGCCCUGACCAAGUGCAUUGCCGCUGGUGUCACCCUGGAAGACAUUGAGAGGAACCUCGACCUGAAGAGCUUGAAGGUCAAGCGCAGGAAGGGCGAUGCCAAGGGCCCAUGGGCCGAGAAAGCUGGCCUUGUUGCUCCAGCGUCGAAGCCUGCUCCUACCCCUGCCCCUGCUCCCGCAAAGGCGGAACCCGUGGAAGACCGCUCUCGUAUUGAAAUGAAGCGUGUCGUCACUUCGGCCAUGUCUACAAAGGAAGUCGAUGAAUUCCUCAAGCGUCCCUCCCAAAAGUCCAACGAGGCAAUUGUUGGCCUCGUCAAGCCUAUCGUUGAGGAUGUCCGCAUCAACGGCGAUGCUGCAGUGCUCAAGUAUACCCACAAGUUCGAAAAGGCUACUUCAUUGACCUCGCCCGUUAUCAAGGCUCCUUUCCCAGCUGAGCUGAUGAAGCUCUCGCCCGAGGUGCAAGAGGCUAUCGAUGUCUCAAUUGGCAAUAUCCAGCGCUUCCACGCCGCCCAGAAGGGCAGCAAUGAUACUCUGAAGAUGGAGACCAUGCCUGGCGUGGUGUGCUCCCGCUUCUCGCGCGCGAUUGAGGGCGUCGGUCUGUACGUCCCUGGUGGAACGGCUGUGUUGCCUUCCACCGCCAUGAUGCUGGGUGUGCCUGCCAUGGUGGCUGGCUGCAAGGACAUUGUUCUCGCCUCGCCUCCCCGGUCCGACGGUAGCAUCUCCCCCGAGAUUGUCUACGUCGCCCACAAGAUCGGUGCCAAGAGCAUUGUUCUUGCGGGUGGUGCUCAGGCCGUGGCCGCCAUGGCAUACGGUACCGAAAGCAUCAACAAGGUCGACAAGAUUCUGGGCCCGGGCAACCAGUUCGUUACUGCGGCUAAGAUGCUUGUGUCGAACGACACGUCCGCCGGCGUCAGUAUCGACAUGCCCGCUGGCCCUAGUGAAGUCCUCGUCAUUGCAGACAAAUCCGCCAACCCGGCUUUCGUUGCCUCUGAUCUUCUGAGUCAGGCUGAGCACGGCGUUGACUCCCAGGUGGUCCUCAUCGCGGUGGACCUGUCCGAGAAGGAGCUCCUUGCCAUCGAAGACGAGGUGGAUGCGCAGGCCCGAGCUCUCCCGCGUAUGGACAUUGUCCGCGGCGCCAUUGAGCAUUCUGUUACCUUUGUUGUAAAGGAUAUCAAGGAGGCCAUGGAUCUGAGCAACAAGUAUGCUCCCGAGCAUUUGAUUCUGCAGAUUGCAGACGCCGAGGCCACUGUGGACCUUGUGCAGAAUGCCGGUAGUGUUUUCAUUGGCGCUUGGACUCCUGAGAGUGUUGGUGAUUACUCCGCUGGUGUUAACCACUCCCUACCUACUUACGGAUACGCAAAGCAAUACUCGGGCGUCAACCUGGGCUCUUUCCUGAAGCACAUCACAAGUUCGAACUUGACCGCUGAUGGUCUUCUGGGUCUGGCCAAGACUGUUGAGACUCUGGCUGCGCUGGAAGGCCUGGACGCUCACAAGAGAGCUGUCAGUAUUCGUGUUGCACAGAUGCAGAAGGAUCGCUCGUAG